AUGGCACCUAAUUUGAAAGAAACGGAUUUUAUACAUCUACAAGCAUACAAAGAAGUACAGGAACCGCUUAAGCCGAAGGCAGAGAAGCGGGAAUACACUAUACUGUAUCAUGUGGUACUACUCCUCGCAUACCUGCACAUCGGAGCGUUAUACGGAGUGUACUUGGGUUUCACUUCCGCCAAAUGGGCAACUGUAGUAUUCAACAUUUUUGUCUACAUAGCGGGAAGUUAUGGAGUCUCAGCGGGCGUGCACCGGCUCUGGUCCCACCGCGCCUAUAAGGCCAAGAUGCCGCUGCAGAUUAUGCUCAUGCUGAUGCAAUCCUUGACUGGCCAGACCACCAUUUUCAACUGGGCUAGGGAUCACAGAUUACACCACAAGUACUGCGACACUGAUGCCGAUCCUCACAGUUCAGCGAGAGGAGUAUUUUUCUCACACAUUGGGUGGUUAUUGGUGAAGAGACACCCGGAAUGCCUUCAAAGGGGAAAAGAAGUGGACGUAUCGGAUCUAAUGCAAAAUCCCGUAGUAAUGUUUCAGAAAAAAUACUACUCUAUCCUCAGCCCUUUGAUGGUGUUCAUACUCCCGACACUGAUUCCAAUGUACUUCUGGAAUGAAUCCCUAUCCAACGCGUUCCACGUCCAUCUCGUCAUGGUCAUGACCGGCGCCAAUGUUACGUUUUGUGUCAACAGCAUCGCGCACGCUUUCGGCGACAAACCCUACGACAAAAAUAUGUCGGCGACAAAAAGUUUCCCCUUGUCGUUUUUCUCAUCCGGAGGCCAUCAUAACUACCACCAUGCCUUUCCAUUUGACUACCGAUCUUCUGAAUUUGCAAAUGAUUAUAUAACAUUUGCAACUGAUUUUAUAAAUUUCUUCGCGCGGAUCGGUUGGGCGUAUGAUUUGAAAUACGCAACCCCUGAUAUGAUCGCGAAUAGAGCGAGUAGAACCGGGGACGGAACUUAUCACCACCAUGACGAGUGA